GCUGUCAUUCAUUCAAGCAUCAAUGAGCAUACAUUCUGGCAUUUAGUGGUUUUUCUGGAAAGCAGUCUCCUGUAGGCCAAUGUGCAGGCCCCCACAGCUGAUCAUAUUAUUUCAGUCGGUGUGCUGCACUCACCUUCAGUGCGCGCUCCACUAUGGACCGCAAAAGGAAUGACUGGCACAGGACAGAAAGAGAAAGGAAAACCUACAUGCCACAGAAUGACGGAUGACAGUACUAUGCUGCACAUUCUUGAGGAGCGUCAGAUGCGAAGAGAAGGGGAGAGACUUCGAACUUUUCAGAACUGGCCAGCAGAUGCACCUGUCACAUCUGGAGAGCUGGCCAAAGCGGGCUUCUUCUUUCUAGGUUCCGGGGAUAAAGUCCAGUGUUUCUGCUGUGGAGGGAUUUUAAGAUGUUGGGUGCACGGGGACAGCCCAGCCGCAGAGCACAAGAGGCAUUUCCCCACUUGCAGUUUCAUACUGGGUCGAGCUGUGGGAAAUAUUCCUCUCCAGGUUGGAUCCUCGGACUCUGUGGACGGCCAGUUGUUGAGUCAACUCCAGAGGAUGACUAUGGAUGAUCAGGGGACAACUGGACAAGCAGUAUACCCUGAAAUGGAGGCAGAGGAUUCCCGGCUCACCACUUUCCACAACUGGCCCACCGAGGCCUCAGUCCAGCCAGAUGUUCUCGCUAGAGCAGGAUUUUUCUACACAGGUCACGGUGACAAUGUCAAAUGCUUCUACUGUGAUGGGGGGCUGAGAAAUUGGGAACCGGGAGAUGACCCCUGGCAGGAACAUGCCAAGUGGUUUCCACGGUGUGAGUUUUUAAUCCAGUCGAGAGGGCAGGAGUAUAUAAGCAACAUACAGGAUGCCCAUUUCCAUCUGGGUGAGACUGUGGGUGGAUCACAGACCUCCACAGGCAGAGAUAUUGGCUCCAGAAAUGAUAUGGUCGGAAGUCUGGGAGCUUCCUCGGCCAUGCUUUCUCCUGUGGUUCAGACUGUGCUUCAGAUGGGCUUUGAGGCCAGCCUGGUGGAGAGUCUGGUCCAGACCAAGUAUCUUUUGACAGGCCAGCACUACACUUCUGUAUCUGAUCUGGUCACUGAUGUACUGCAGGCAGAAGAGGAGGACAGACAGAGGGGACCACAGAGCAGAGAGCCUGAGAUGAGGCAGGGCUCCAGUGCUGGAAACGUGAGGACACAAACCCCCAUCAGAGAGAAAGUGACGGACCCCAGCCCAGAAGAGCUGCUGAGGCAGCUGCAGGAGGAGAGGACCUGUAAGGUGUGCAUGGACAAGCUGGUGUCCAUCGUCUUCAUCCCCUGUGGUCACCUGGUGGUGUGUGGUGAUUGUGCCACCAGCCUGCGUCACUGCCCCAUCUGCAGAGCUGUCAUCAGAGGCAGUGUUCGUGCUUUCAUGUCUUAA